AUGCCCACACCACAAUGCCAUAAGUGGUUCGACUCCUUGGCCUUCAGCUUCUUGCCUGUGCUGCAAAUGCCCUUGCCAACCGUCUACAAGGCUAUGCAGAUCUACUUCCAGCAGGGGCGCGUGCUCAGUGUGGACGAGAUCGGAAGGCUCCUCGGAUGCAGUGGCUCCCCCGCUUCCGCCUUGAAGAAGCUAGUGAAAGCUCUUCGGGCUGCGGAGUGCCGUUGCAUGGAUCACAAGCAGCAGCUUCGGCAGGUCACAGGCAGGAUUUGCCAACAUCUUCACUGCACAUACUCAUUCUCAGUUCUGCCACUUUACCUUCUGCAUCCUCUUCCCACAAGCUCAAGCCCUGUCACACUCUGCUAUUUCUCAGCAGGUGAUGUGGAGGCAGAUGGUACUUCCAUACGCCACUGGCGAAGCUUGCAGCGACCAUCGCGCAAUGUCUACUUGCAGUACUUCGCGCUCUACCAGCGGCCGACACGCGCAUGCAGCGACCGGCCGCCACCCGAAUCCUUUGAUCGAUGCCAUCCGUGUGUCCAAGCAGGGGUCGCCGCCAAAGACAAGAGGGGCAGGAAGACACUCCUCAUCAGUGACGGCGCCACGCUGGCCAGAUCUCGGGGUGUUCUGUUGAGGCAGUCCAACCACUCCGGGGGAGUCUUUUGCGUGAAGAAGCGGGUGCCCGGACGAAGCUUGAUCCCCAUUCACACGGGGUCCGUAGAUUCCUUCUGGAACAUUUUGAAGAAAGGCAUUCCAAGCACCUUGCGCACUCACUCCAAAGGAGUGCCGAAUCCCCUUCUCUGGAAGUACGCGCGCAGUGUACAGUGGCGAUGGGAAUGCGACGGCGACUUGUUUUGGGCCACAGGGCAGUACUUGGCCAGCCUGUGA